AUGACAUAUGGUAUCGAUCUUAGCAUUGGUUAUGAUAGCGAGGAGAGAGAAAUUAUGGUGUACCAGUAUAUGACUCAAAGAAUGCAUAGGCUCUUCCAACCGGUGCCUCAAGAAGUAUUGACGCGACAAAUGGUGGACAGGCAACGAGAGGAUGGAGAUGCAAGGAUGAUGCAUGACUACUUUGGAUCUAACUGUACUUGGGAACCUAAGAAUUUCCACCAAUGUUUGGGUAUGUAUCGACCUCUUUUCUUACGUAUUCUAAGUGAAAUAGUUGUUGCGGAUCCUGCUUUUGAUUUCCAAAUUGAUUGCACCGGAAAACUUGGCCACUCUCCCCACAUGAAGAUGUAUGCCGUAAUAAAAUGUUUGUGUAAAGGCAUAGACGCUGAUAGCACAGAUGAUUAUGUCCGUAUGGGAGCGCCGACCGUCUAUAUGUAUGUGAAGAGGUUUACUAGGGUAAUUGUUCGGAACUUUGGUCCAAGGUAUAUGCGACUUCCUAUAAGAGAAGACACAGAAACAUUAUUGGCAGAAAAUGCAGCUAGAGGGUUUCCUGGAAUGCUUGGAAGUGUUGAUUGUAUGCAUUUUCAGUGGAGGAAUUGUCCAACAGCAUGGGCAGGUGCGUUCCGUGGACAUGAGAAAAAACCUACCAUCAUCUUAGAAGAUGUGGCAUCAUAUGAUCGGUGGUUUUGGCAUGGUUUCUUUGGAACGCCAGGGUCGGACAACGACUUGAACGUCUUGGCUCAAUCUCCACUUUUUUUAUGA